UUGUACACGUAAAAGUACUCUCCAAUCACAUACCAACUUACUCAAGUUUGAAGAUACCCUUUACACCCAUCCCCAAUACUUCCGAGCUGUUUCACAAGCGAUCUAAAUAUAUUUAACUCUUCAUGACCGUCGUUCAGCCAAAGAAGACGUGAUUGAACUCACAGAAUUUAACAUCUUUGCUCCGCCUGAGCCUAACCAGUCGGAAAGUACAAAUGCUAAUGGCACAAACCCAACUCAGACAAAUGGAAAACCUGAAGAGACUGCAUUGAGUAAGAAAGCAUUCAAGAAGAUGGCCGAAGUGAAGCAAAGGCACAAGCUAUGAUCGAGGCUAAGAAAGCGAUGUCGAAGAUGAAAGGGCAAGAUGCAACCACCACAGCGCCUACACCGGAAGCCGUACCACCUAUAAAGGAUGAAUAUCCGAUUGGAGACAAGUUGGUCAAGACUGAAACCCCCCUGGAAAAGGCAGCGGAAUUACUUAAACCGAUAGAAGUUAAACUUUGUGUUAAACGUACUGUGUAAAUUCCUUGUAAUUCAAAAGUAUCAGAAUCUGAAUCAUCGAGUAUGGUCUCAUUUUAUCAUAUCUUCGUUUUUGUGGAUCAUGUAAACCCCAAGCAAAUCCAACAAAUCUAUAAUGUCUUCCUUGACAAGUAGAUGGAAUAAUGAUAAGCACCAUAGCAGCACCCGCCGCU